AUGGGUGGACAAGUAGAUGAGAAGAAGCAAGGCAGCUUCGUCAACAAUCGGUUACAAGAAGAUUCCGAUGUGUCGCUACGAGGAGAGGAGCAACCAGAAUGGAAUCUGGCCGACGAGCUGAGAGUUCGUACAAAAGUAGAUAUGACCGUAUUACCACUCCUUUUCCUCGGUUUGCUAGUUUUCCAACUUGAUCGAAUGAACAUUGCAAGUGCCCUUACGGGAGGGUUUGCAACAGAUAUCGGUGUCACUCAAUCCACAAUUAAUCUAGGAAACCAGCUGAUGUUCAUGAGUAUUGUCAUCUUUGAGAUUCCAUGCAACAUGGCGCUACAGCGUGUUGGUCCACGCAAAUGGAUAUCUGCCCAAGUAUUUGCAUUCGGAUUUAUCGCCAUAAUGCAAAUAUUUAUAAGAAAUAGAGGAGGGUUCCUUGCUACCCGUGUUCUUCUUGGAUUUGCUGAAGCCGGUUACAUCCCUGGAGCAUGCUAUACCCUAUCUACCUGGUACACGAGGCGAGAGCUAGCCAAAAGAGUAGCCAUAUUCUUCUUCGGCAUGUUUGGCGGCAACGCGAUCAGUCCCCUUCUUGCAUCUGGUAUUCUGCAGCUAGAUGGCCAUAGAGAUCUUCGAGGAUGGCAGUGGCUUUUUUUACUUGAGGGUCUUUUUACAAUCUCCGUUUCCAUCGUCUUAUUGCUUUUCCUCCCGGGUUCACCUUCUCAUCCAGAGCCUCUAUUGAUCUCUGGAAUAAUUAAAUUCUCAGAUUCUGAAUCAAAGAUAUUGCUCAAGCGUCUUGAGAAAGAUGGCGAUAAUGAUCGAAGCGGACAGGGCCUCAAAAAAAUUCCUCUGUCAAUUGUGUGGAGCACAGUAUCUCACUACCGCCGGUGGCCGCAUUUUGUCUCAACAUUCGUCGUCUUCUCGACGUGGAGUCCUUUGACCACAUAUACGCCAUCAAUCAUCAUGUCGCUAGGCUUUGAUAGAACCAAAGCAAAUGCUCUGGCUGCAGUCGGCGCAUUUCUCGCACUUGCUGUUGUAUUCUUAUUUGCGUUUAUAAGCGAUCGCACCAAUCAACGUGGUGCAUCUGUAAUUGCAGCUCAGACAUGCUACUUAGUCACAUUGAUUGUUGCUCGCCAGCUUCAGCCUCACGUGGGGAAAUGGUCGCGGUGGGGUUUGUGGACGGCUGUCAAUAGCUUCGCCGUUGGCUAUCAUCCGGUUCACAACUCGUGGGUUCAGCUUAACUGUACUGAUCCCAGAGAGAGGAGCAUUAGCAUUGCCAUGUGGGUUAUGUCUGCUAUUAGUGGUCUUAUGGCAGGAGCGCAAUACUUUCAAGCAGAUGAUAAGCCACUCUACUCAACUGGAUUACGCACCAUGAUCAUCAUGGUCUCCAUAGGAAUCGCGAGCGCAAUAGUCCAAAUUAUUGUUUAUGUACGACACAAUCAGAGAGCUGCCGAAGGAAAGAGCCAAGAGGCAGCUGGAUCUAGUCCUAGGAUAUACGUACCAUGA